UCCGGGAGCGGGCGAGCAGUGAGCAUGUCGGCGGGGAGGAAGAUGAUGGGCAUCGCUCUGGGUCUCACAGGGUGGAUCUUCGCCAUCGUCACCAGCCUCCUGCCCAUGUGGAAGAUCUCCGACUUCACCGGGGCCAACCUGGUCGAGUCCCUGACCGUCUGGGAGGGGAUCUGGAUGAACUGCGUGGUUCAGAGCUCAGGACAGAAGCACUGCAGGGUUUACGACUCUGUUCUGGCUCUACCUUCAGACCUGCAGGCGGGAAGAACCACCACCCUCCUCUCCAUCCUCACCGCCCUGCUGGCUCUCACCGUCUCCAUCCUCGGAGUGAAGAGCACCAGCUACAUCCAGGACGAGACGACCAAACUGAGAACUGUGUUCAUCUCCGGAGUUCUGCUCGUCAUCGCCGGGUUCCUGAUGCUCAUCCCCGUGUCCUGGACCAGCAGCAGGAUCAUGCAGGGGUUGGAUAAUUACGAGGACCAGAAAUGGAGCACAGAGCUCGGAGCGUCGCUCUACACGGGGUUUAUCUCCAGCGCCAUGCUGAUCACGGGAGGAGGCUUUCUGAGCUGCUCCACCCGUCCAUGGAGGAGAAGAUAGAGAUCUGUGAAACGUGGGGACGGUUGAUCUGCUGUGGGAGCAAGAUUUUCAAGAAUCUGUUUGAAAUGCAGAAGAAUGCGAAAAGAAGAAAAACAUGAUGAUUCAAUAAAGACCUGUAUCUGCAUUGGUCUGUAUUUGUUGUGGAAUUUAAGAGCUGCUCUGGAAGCUGGUUCUCCUGAUCUUUAAAAAAAGAAAAUGUCUGUAUACUUUAAUUUUAAGAUGCUAACAAAGUACUGUAGAAUUACAUGCAUGCAGAAAUUAUAACAAUUUUCUCAAUUUUCUUUUUUUCUCAUUUUUUUUGUGUUGUUUCAAACGUGUGUAAUUGUAAUAACUUUCUGCGAUUAAUAUUUAAUUUUCUGGAAUAAACACUUUCAUCAUGA